AAGUCUGCACCAGGUUGAAAAGAGUGCGGAGAGGAGCAAACGGAGUUGACCUGUCCGUAGCUUUAGCAAGGAAGGAGACGGAAUUUUAAUUACUUCGGGGAGGCAAGAUUCUGGAGCCGCGGCUGCUUCAGGCGAAAGGCUGGGCUUUGCUUUUCACGGAGAGAAAGGAGGCGGGAGGGUGGCGUUUCUCGUUCUCCCCUCGGUGUCAGUCUUGGGAGCAAGAGGAACGGGCAUUUUGUACCACUCUCAUCUACAGGACUCGGGGCGUGUCCGACUUUGUCUUUCCCACAUUGCAGCGUAGCCUUUGCCCCUUGGCAUUGCGAGAGGACUGCAAGAGCCCGAAGGGGAGCGCAAGAGGCCGAGUGGCCUUCCUUCCAUCCCCUCCUGACAAAAGGAGACGGAGGCGGUGUCUGGAAAGGGAGGGGGGGGGAGCGUCAAUAGCGGGAACGCCGCCCAGUUGAGUUACUUUACUUCAGUGGGUUAGUCUUCCCGGAGCAAGCCCGCACCUUAAGCAGGCGGGCGAUGAACGGCUUUGGCCCCGAGGAGGUGACCCGCGGCGGGGGAGAAGCCGCCGCCGUCCCGGCCGUUGUAGCUAACGCCACCGCCGCGGUGGAAGUCCUGCCGCCCCCGCCACCCCUUCCGCAGCCGACGGCCGGGCUGGGAGCGACUUCGUCAGCUGCUGCUGCGACAGCCGCAGGCUCAGCCGGUCCCCUUGGGACUGCAGGACCCGGUGCUGGGCAGUUAUGCUGUUUACGGGAGGAGGGCGAGAGAUGUAACCGAGCUGCGGGCAACGCUAGCUUCAGCAAGCGGAUCCAGAAGAGCAUCUCGCAGAAGAAGGUGAAGAUCGAGCUGGACAAAAGUGCAAGACAUCUUUAUAUUUGUGAUUUCCACAAAAACUUAAUUCAGAGUGUCAGAAACAGAAGAAAGAGAAAAGGCAGUGACGAUGAUGGUGAUUCACCAGUGCAAGACAUCGACACUCCAGAGGUUGAUCUGUUUCAGCUGCAAGUAAACACACUAAGAAGAUACAAAAGGCACUUCAAAUUACAGACCAGACCCGGACUUAAUAAAGCACAACUUGUUGAAAUAAUUGGAUGUCAUUUUCGGACUAUUCCAGUGAAUGAAAAGGAUACCUUAACCUAUUUCAUCUAUUCAGUGAAGAAUGACAAGAACAAAUCUGAUCUAAAAAUGGAUAGCAGUGUUCACUAAAUAAACAAACUUAAGACUUACAGACCUAAAGACUGGUUUGGAUGUGCUGAGCUUUUUUUGUAUUAGUAUUCAGAGUAUUCUGAUGUUAUUUUUCUUGGGAAAAUACUAUUCUCAUAAAUUAGGUUUCCAUGAUGAACGUAUUUUAAAUAAAUACUGUUGAUGUCCCUGUGCCUACAGCGGAAUAAUAUCUGACAUUUGUGUAAGCUUUAAUAUUAAAGCUCCAUUUCAUUUAUGGAAAUCAGAAUUAUGUCCAAAGAAUAUUUUAAGGCCUUUAUGCAUCAGAGCUCUUAUAUUUUCUCAGGUAUAUUUUUUUAAAUCCUUAAUACUUUCUAAGCAAAAUUUAAAGAUUAUGUAAGGCCACACACUUUACACUUCUAGAGAUUUGUCGUUUGACUAAAUUAGUACCUGUUUGUGUAAAAGCCUGGGAAACGUUGAUUUGCAAACUGUUUUAUGCUAAGUAGCUUUGUAUGAUGUCUGAAUUCAUUGAUCGUUGCAUCUGCAUUGCAGUUGCAGAGGAUUAUCACCUUGGAAAGGAAAAACUUUGAACUAAACACUAGAACUACUUUUGUUUUUCAAAACACACUUCAUCCAUUUUAAUGUUGUUCAUGCUUUUUAAAUGCAUACAGAUUUUAUAAUGAAAGUGGUUGAGCAAGGAUAAGUAUAUUUAGCUAUAACAUUUCUUGAUGUCUUUGUAUGAUUUUGAAUAGUUGAUCUCAGAUCUGAGUAACCUCAGAUGCCCUUGUUUGCACCAUUUGUCCUUUACGUUGUAUGAUAAAAGUAAUGAUAAAGACAGUCCUUGUUUUUUCAUCUUAAAUUUCUUUUAUUGUCUGUAAAGUCUGUAUGCAUUUAAAAGGGAGGUAGACUUGUUUGAAAACUCCAAGCAUGAUUUGCCCUCUGUGCCAUGCCUAUUCUAAAUCAUGAUUUAGAUGACAUUAUUGAGACUUAAGGCUUAUUUGUGGCAUUAAGGAACCAACAUUUCUUUUUUAUUUUAAAUAAGCUCAUUAUUAGGGUAUGUAGCAUUCCCGAUAGAAAGCAAAAAAGGUGUUUUUGAGAUGCAUGAUAAUGCAUUCUGAAUCUGAGCCUGGAUAUGAUGCUGCAUUUGUUUUCUGGCCUUGCCCAGUGUCUGUAAAGAUUCAGAAAAAGAAUAGUUUUUAACUAAGGAGGAACUGGCAUUGUUAAGCAUCGCAUUAUAUCUCAAGACAUACAUAUUUUCUUGAAAUCAUGUGGCUGCUAUGCAGCGUUUUUGAGGAAGUACCAAGAAGCAUAAUCAUGCUUGGUAUUUCUUCGAACAUGUCAGCACCUUUACUUUUCACAUAAUGUGCUGGAAGUCUCUACUUACCUAUUAUAUUACAAUCUACAAUAACAAACCAUUUGAUUUUGUGGUCAGAAACUAAACUAUAAUUUUAUUGGGAAUGUCUUGAAUUGCUGUCCUAACUGCUACACCUUGUAUAACUGAUUUAUUUUCUUCAGUAGCAUACAAAGAAAUAGAGUCCUCGACGUUUGACCACAAUUGAGCCCAAAAUUUCUGUGCUAAGCAAAGAAUAGACAAUCAGAAAUAAACAAGUGAUUGCCGCAACAGUUUGCCAGUUGGCUUCCACAUUGCCAAACAUUGCAGGGCAAUAUAUUUCAGGAAUGUUCAUCAGAGCUGUGACAAGAUGUGUGUUUUGGGAAUUAAUUGCAGAUAUUUGCUUUAUGACAUGCAUGUUGUAAGGCCACUCAACUCACAUGAUGUUAUCUGGGCUGAAAACGAAAAACAAAAGCAAAAUACAUUAUUUUUUUUUAAAUCCAAAUAAAUAAAAUAUAAAUGUUAUAUGGCAAAGAAAUAAAAUAAUUAAACAAAGUCUACUUGACCCAAAUGUUGGUAAAGAGUCAGGAUAUAGCAGAAGUACAGCUUGAUAGACCAUGGCCAGAUGUGAAAAAUACUUUGUUCACCCAAUGAUGCCCUAUCAGAUCUUCCUGCUAAGUUUAAAUCUCUAUUCCUCACAAUCCCGUCUACCGUGUUUCCCCAAAAAUAGGAUCUACCCCGAAAAUAAGCCCUAGUCUGGGGUUUUUUAACUAUGUGCCUAAUAUAAGCCCUACCCCAAAAAUAAGCCCCAGUGAAGGAGUGGGCAUGGCCAGCACAGGAGUUGAUUCCCUGUCCAAGGAGCAGACGGAGGCAGAAGCACAGGUGGGGGGAGGCAGGCAAUCCGGAUGCGCCGUGUGAGCCAUAUGAAAGCCAAUAGUCAGGCCAGAGGCUCUGUGCAGCGGCACCACUGCAGAUGGAGGCAGAGGCACGGGGGGAAGGCAGGUGAUCUGGAAGCACCACACGGGCUGUGGGAAAGCCAAGAGUCAGUGGGCCGGUGUCUCUUGGCUUGCCUGCAGUCAACACAGCAUGUUGGGAUUGCCUGCCUUUCACCCCAUGCCUCGCCUCCAUCUGCUGCCACGUGAAGACAAGCCUCCUGCAGCCAACGGCCUGCUUGGCCCAUUGAUUUGGCUUUCCCGCAGUCCGUGCAGCGCACCCAAAUUGCCUCUCCCCACCCCCCCCUCACCUCUGCCUUUCUGCUGCCUGAACAGGGAAUCGCCUCAUCUGCUCUGCACAGGCUGCACAGCCCCAGAGUCUGCCAAGUAAGAGAUUGGGUUGUUGCUGCUGCCAGAUACCGUCGGUUCCCAUGCACUUGCCAUCUUGUGUGCGCGCCGAGGGGGGGGACACACCCAGCCAUGCUGAUCACCCUGAAAUUGUGUUUCAAAAUAAAAAUAAACCCCAUUGCUUCUUUUGGAGCCACCAAAAAAUAUAGGACUGGGUCUUAUUUUUAGGGAAACAUGGUAUCUCACUGCACAUUGUCUCCCAGUCUUGAAUUGCUUUACCUUUAGCUCUUCCAACGUAUGUAGUAAGAUGGAGCCAGUGAGUGAGGAGUGCUGAGGAAUUAUAUUUGUAUUAUUAUAAUAUCACGUUUGACAAGUUAACAGAUUAAUAUUGAAACUGUAAUAUUAAACAAGAAUUUAUUUUUAGGCCA